GGAAUGGGUCCGCUGAGAGUCGCUUUCCUCAAAUUUACCCCCAAGGUCACGGUAGGCACUUACUUCCGGGGUCGAUGUUCGCGUUAGUGUUCUGGAAAGCGCUAUGGAAUACCUGAGGGAAAUUAAGGAAAUAAGCAACCACAACUACUGGGCGGGUCAAACAUAUCGUCAUUUCCGCUCUCUUUCUCAUGGCUCUUUCCUUCCUGUUGGCUGCCAGCCGAAGAUCGUUCCCAUUUGUUGUAUAGUACUACUCAGUGAACACUACACAACUUACACAACUGUGACCAACACGGACUUACACAACUGUGACCAUGGCUUCUGACGACAUGGUGUACUGUAAGAGAGGAUGUGUCUAUGCUUUGUCUUUCGUCCCCGUCGUGGGAGCGAUUGCACUGGUUGUGGCAGGCAUAGUGGUAGCCAGACCUGCCCUAACGGCCCUCCGUCUCCACCAAGCGGAGUGUACGGUGACAUCCUCCAGUAUAGGCGCGGACGUGACCUGCAAAUGCCCGCUAGGAAGGAACUGUCGGUCCACAUUUCCGUGCUUAGAGAUCGCAGUGCUGUACUCUGAGAAAGGACGUAACAACUCGACAUACAACGUCUCCGGGACGGGUCACAACACAACGGGCCACAGAAGUCUACUAGUGGACACACAAGGCUUGUUCGGAAGGACGCCACAGUGUGCCGUUCGGCCAUGUGGUAAGGCAGCUGACGAUAACUCCAAGGAAGUGGCGGACUAUUGGGAGUCCUGGGGUACUGUAGGCCAGCAGUUCCCCUGCUUCUAUGAUCCCGACCACGACGCGGAGGUUUCCCGUACCGUCAUCUUCAGCAGCAAGUGGGCGGCCUUCCACGCGCUGUUCUGGCCGCUGCUGCUGAUUUUCCUCAGCCUGGCAGCAGCGUACUUCAUCUGUUACCGGUUCCACUGCUGGUGUGAUGAUGGCACAUGGAAUGAUUAGUACAGACAUAGUCCGUCUAUGGAUAAUCGUAACCAGAGGAAAAAUGAACGGUGGUUGAAUGGUUUGAAUACGAGUAUCUCUCUCAGUGAAGCCGUCAUGAAGACACUUGAACUUUCAUGCCAAGUUUUUAACGCAAGUAGGGGGGGGGGGGUACCUAUCAAAACUAUAAAUUGAUUGCACUAAUGUUAGCCAUGAAACCAUAUUGAUAUUACAAUGAUGACAGAGUUGUCAGCGUGUACUAUGUACAAUGGAGUACAACUGUGCCAGACUAUAUGAAUGUUGUGCGAUAUUUGUGUGGUUGGAUCUCAAAACAGCCUUAAGUGACAAGACAAUUUCUUUAUUCAAAUUCUAUAUACAAAAUUGGUGGUUGCAAAUGAAGGCUUUUAACGAAUAUCACAUAUUCCGUGUACAGCUUCGUAAGUAGACACUCUGUGUCUUUUACGCGUUAGCCCUUACGUUAAUACCAUGCUUUAUGUCACUUUGACCUAUGCAGCAACGUACAUAUGUAAGUUACCUGCCUGGAUGUCUAUUUUCUGGUAAAUCAUACCUGAUAUCUUUUUAACCUUCAUUUGUUCUUGAUACAAAAAAAUGGUUUAUUCCUUUCUUUAUUUCUAUGCAAACCUAAUGAACCAUUUACGCUAUUGUGUUCCCCGUAUCUUUGUACCAGAUAGAGCUAAAAUUUGAGCGGUUGACUUGAGGUACAAUGUAUGUUUUACUGAUUUCGAUGAGAGUAGAGAAAACUGAACCGUU